AUGCGACCCAAGCGGACAUUUCUUGUUCAUGACGACUUCUGGCAAGGCUUUGUUAAACUCGGUGGCAGACACCAAGUAGCCGCUGCUGUGGUUGCGACAGCUCUGACGUUCACCCCGGUUGGCCUGCUCACCUGGGCAUUGGCCACACAUGCACAAGGGGCGGUCCAGGACUCGAAUAUAUGCAACAACAGGUAUCUUAUGCGAGGCUUUACUGGAAACUCGGAUGUUUAUGGCCUGGGCAUUCGGCUUGGAAUCUAUCUGCAAUGGCUGGCAUCACUGAUUGCAAACCCGCUUCUUGAAAGGGAGCGGGCCACCAUGGCCGGAUCAUACCUCACCUUUUCCUUGGCUCUGGCUAUUGCUGUUCUACUCCUGGCUUUUCAACACGAGUGUGCAUUUACGUCUGAAAUCAUUAUCGUCCUGACUAUCUUCUGGGGCGGGACACUCCUUGUCAUGGUGCCAUUCGUUCAAUUGCUGGCAGACAUCGCGACAACGGGUCUGGGCUUGGCUCUCGUCCCAUUGAUACUCUCCAUGCUACCUGUCAGUGCCUGGUUCUGGCUUCGGCUUGCGCUAUAUGGCGAGCUGGACUUUGCGGCAACGCCCGGUGGGACAUCCUUUUUCCUCCUAGGACGCAUCACCUCCCAACACCUCCAAGCAGUCAGCUGGUUCAUGGCGGUGCUCUGUCUGAUACUGUGUGUCAUUCCUGUGUUUUCUAGCAUUUGUCUGUGUUUGGUUCUCUUUUUGGAUUGGGCGGGUCAACGACCACCGGAGUGGAGAGCCGAUCAAGAAGAGAAGGCCAGGAAAGACAAGAUCCUUGACAGAUUGCAAAGGCUGAUGAAGCGACGGACAGAGGUGAUGGGGGAGAAACCUCCGAAAAAAUGGCCCAUGGUGAUGUCCGGCACAUUGAUCGCUUCUUGGUCGAUUAUCGCCGUCGAGCUCACUCUUGUCUGGAAUUCGGUCAAAGGAGUCUACAACGUCAGAUCGACGGGACAGAUUAUUGCUCUGGUGGUUGGGUUGGGCAUACUGGUCAAGGUCCUUUGGCUAUUGCGGCACGGAAGGGCAAGCGGGUAA